AUGAUGGUGGCCUUAUUGGGGCCCGGUCAAGAUCAGAAGAGAAAAGAUCUUGCGGAAACAACCCCAGAUCAACAGCACGACUCCGAGCACGAGCUGAUACCUCGAAAGGAGAAAAAACCGAAGAAAAGUGGACAUGGAGUUGGCCAGAGCUCUACGCUUCAUUCAUUCCUGUCAUUGAAGCAGCCUAAUUUUCCAAGUAAAUCUCAGAAUGAAAAGGAUUCUUUAGUGUCGGUUGAUAAUCACAGAGCAUUGAGUCAAGAGGUAGAUUCAGCGACGCAAGUCUUGACUGACAGGAAUGAAAUCAACAAUUUUGAGGCAUCUCAGCAGCCAGCUGAUUCAUUGUCUGUGAUGGUGAAACUCAAGCUACCAAGAGUAAUAGUCAAAUUGAAAGAUCCAAUUUUAAAGAAAGACCAGAAUACUAGAUCAGAUAGACCUCAUCCCUUUUUCCUCAAAAAGUCAGAGAUAUCCAACCCUCCUAGUAUUGACCUUGAAUCUAACUAUAACGACCCGAAAACCUCUCAAAAUAUAGCAGCACCAGCCCCUAUUCAUCCAUUUUUUUCCAAAAGCCGCAAACUACAAGCUAAUGCCCUUAGCAGUGGGCAGCAGUCGACGUCGUCUUCUGAGGGCUCUCCAAGUCAACCUGUGGCUGCGGUAGAAUCUGUAUUGGCACCACCUACUAGACCUUCAUCAGCCCCGGUACAUUCAUUUUUUAUGAAAAAAUCGCAAAAGAUAAGGAAUGAUGAGUCGACCCACCAAUCCACUGAUAGGUCAUCAGUUCCUGUGACUGAUUCCGGUACUACGAGUACAGGAUCCAAGAUUACUGCCCGUACACUCUCCAAUCCUAUACUUCACCGUACCACAACAUCAUCGUUUUCAAAUUUCCAGCCAGGUAUAUAUCCUCAGUGGCCACAGUGCCUUCACACUCGCUCAUUGUCAGAACAUGAGCAAAAAUUACUAUCAUCUAUUUAUUCACGAGAGUCUGAAAAAGGACGCUUUAAAAGACUAAUUUCCAACAAGCAGAAACGGAAAACCCAACCAAUACAAAUUGAGUCUGAUAAGAACAUUUUAAAAAUUGAGUUGCGUGAGGCCAGAAGAGACGUACCCAAGCCUGUUAAAAAGCCAAGCAGGGUAUUCUUAGACAAACAGGAGCUAGUGUCGAUAGCCCUGUCGGCUAUUGCGCCUUUCAGCAGAAGCAUUCUAUCUCCAUUAAUCCAAAGAUGUGGAGAACCAUCAGCAUUUGACAAACAUUCGUACGAACAGCUUGCAUGGACGACAAAAUACAGUCCAGUAAAGACUAGUAAUGUAAUCACUGCUAACUCCAAUGCAGCGAAUGUGUUGAGCUGGAUUGAAAGAAAGCAAAAAGCUUUGAAAAAAUUUCCUGUCAAACAAGCAAUUCCAAAACGAAUUAGGAAAAAGAAGGAAAAUAAGAGCGAGAUGGAUGGUUUCAUAGUGUCAGGGGACGAUACUGAUGAAGAUGAGAGACCUUCAGUGGAACCAGACUCGAAUGCUAAAUCGGACUUUUUAAUUCUAUAUGGGCCUUCGGGGAGUGGAAAGACUAGCUCUGUCUAUUCUGCUGGUGCCGAGCUAGGGUGCUUUGUAUUCGAGGUGAACUCCAGUCAACGACGAAGUGGCAAGACUCUUGUGGCACUGUUAGAAGGAAUGGCUCAAUCCCAUCUUGUUCAUAUGUCGGCUCCUAAAGACCAGGAAAAGAUGCAAUUGCAAAACAGUAUUGUAUUACUAGAAGAGGUUGACGUGUUAUAUGAAGAGGAAAAGUCCUUUUGGGCCGGACUACAGAGGUUCACCGAAAUCUCACGGAGACCGAUUGUUUUGACAUGUACAAAUCCUACUUCGUUGCCAAGUACAAUCACCGAUUCUGUUAGUGGUAACACUUCUACAUAUUUGGAAUUCUGCCCUGCUCCUGAAACACUGCAAGUAGACGCUCUAUUUGUAAUUGCAUUAUGCGAAGGACACUUGGUAGAGAAGAACUGUCUUCAUAAUCUUGUGGUAGCAAACAAUUUCGAUUUUAGACUGUCACUAAAUACUUUGCAGUUUUGGUGCCAAAUGGGGGUUGGGGGUAGAAGAAGCGGAAUUGACUGGAUGUUGACGAAAGACGAACAAGAUCGUUAUAAUUUGCAUGACAAGCGAGUUAUCAGCCAAGGGACAUAUUUCGAAGUACCUGGAAGGGAAUUUCAAGAUGACUAUGAUCCAUUUUACAAGCCUCAAACACACAGUCAUGACAUACAAGGACGCUAUUCGGACGUCACUGGUAAUCAUAAUGGCGAAAAUAAUAGCCUUCCGACCCUAAAUGAAGUCUCAUCGCUUUACGACACAUUAUCUGCUGCGGAUGUUAUUGACUCUCAUACGUACAGUGCGUUUGCAGUAGUUCCACAUCAUCAUCUUGCAGAUAAUGAGGACCCUCUUGCCGGUAUCAUGUUAACUGAUGAAUCGUCAGUUCGCGAAGACCCGCUGCCUUUCGAGCUACAAGUAGGGUCAAGUAUUCUGGAUCUAGUAGGCAGUAUUUCUGAAGGUUAUCCGUUUUCUUUACUUCCAAGCAGGCCCCCAAAGCCCAUUGUAGAUGGGGUAACUUUCAGAGAGGCGCUAUUAUAUCUCGGAUUUCGCUUAGAUCAAUGGGGAAGUGCCGUUGGCCAGUCCAAUCAAUUUGACUCAGUCUCGACGUCGACUCUCGCUACUGAUUUUCUACCCUGGGUCCGGGGUAUGGCAAGGAUGGAUAAAAUUCUAGCAGCUGAAUAUGAACGGGUUCGUACCCAGCUAUCUACUGAAUCGGGCCGAGCGAGUCGUCGUUCCUACGCAGCAAUGGGAAUAGACACAUACGACCGAUACCUUGACGGGGAUAUAGACCUCGACGAAAUCAUAAAUACUGCACCUCUCAACUGGGCUUCUGAAGAGUUCUCACAGUCUGAACACCAGCCUAUUCUCACUUCAAACCCAAGUAUGCAUAACUCUAUUUAA